AUGUCUUCAGCAAAGAUCGGCAAAUAUCACCCAACCUCCAAAUCUACGCAAGAAGCGAUUGAUUUCGCUCUGGAAAUUAGAGAUAAAUCAAUUGCUAAUGUAGACAAGCUCUUCCCAGCUUCUAUUGAGUCGAAACACUCACAAGAGUACCCAAAUGAGCUUCCACUAAAUACAACGCCCUUAUUGAAAGAACGUCUCACACAUGAGGAUUACACAAUAGUUGCCGAGAAAGUGUCUGUUCUAUUGGAGAAAAUAGCUAAUGGCAUUUAUUCCUCAGUAUCAGUAGCUGGUGCCUAUCUUAGGGCUGCUGUUAUUGCUCAGCAUGCAGUUAAUUGUAUUACAGAACUUUUACCAGAGGAAGCUCUAGCAACAGCUCAGAAAUUGGACAAUUAUCUGCGUGAAAACGGUAAAACCAUUGGACCCCUCCAUGGUCUACCUAUUUCAAUUAAAGAAAUGUGUCAAAUCAAAGGACAUUACUGUAAUUUUGGUUUUGUUGCCUUUACUGAUAAUUUCAUUGAGGAAGAUCCUGUUCUUCUGAAAAAUCUCUAUGCAGCUGGGGCAGUUCCAUUUGCAAGAACGACAAAUCCUCAGUCGCUCAUGCAAAUUGAAACUCAUAGUAACAUAUAUGGAACUACGAACAACCCUCAUAAUGCUAAUCUUACCUGUGGUGGGUCAUCCGGUGGUGAGGGUGCCUUGAUUGGGUUUGGCGCUAGCCCGGUUGGUGUCGCAACAGAUAUUGGAGGGUCUAUCCGCACACCUGCUAGUAACUGCGGAGUAUACGCUAUUAAACCCAGUAGUGGCCGUCUUCCUGGAGGCGACUUUUGUCAUGCUGAUACUGGAGCUGAAGCCAUUUUAGGUGUGGUCGGCCCAGUCGCGAAGGAUCUCGAAACAGUGGAGUUAUUUAUGUCAUCAGUAAUUUCUCAAGAGCCGUGGAGAUUGGAUCCUUCUCUAUCACCUAUUCCGUGGAACUCAAAUUCUCUAUUUACCAAGAAGAUUAAGAUUGCAAUUUUGGAUAACGACGGAAUUGUGACGCCUCAUCCACCAGUUCAAAGAGCUAUGAAAGAGGUCAUUGCCAAACUCGAGGCGGCGAAAAUUGAUGGUCUCGAAAUUGAGCUUGUUAGAUGGCAGCCAUACAGGCAUGAUAAGGCCUGGGAGAUUAUUUCGUCGUUAUAUUUCGAAGACGGAGCUCAAGAACAAAGGGAAAUAUUGAAGGCUGGAGGAGAGAAAGAAUUGCCUUUAACGUCAUGGAUAUUUUCUCAAAAUGUACCUGAAAAACCUUACUCAAUAGCUGAGCUUUGGGCUAAAGCCAUUGAGAGAGAUGAAUAUCGAUCGGCCUAUAAUCUUCUGUGGGAAGAGACUGGAACCGAGGAUGGACACCCUGUAGAUGUUAUCUUAACCCCGGCUACCCCGGGUGCAGCACCUCCACAUCACAAUUCUAAGUACUGGGGAUAUACUGCUCAGUGGAACCUGCUGGAUUAUCCUGCAGUUAUAUUUCCAGUUACUAAAGUUGACCAGAACAUCGAUAAGAAGGAUGCUAGUUAUUUCCCCAAGAAUCCUUCUGACCAGUUCAACUACGAUCUUUACGACCCAGAGAAGUAUGUUGAUGCUCCAGUCUCAUUACAAGUUGUGGGCCGCAGGUUGCAAGAAGAGAAGGUGAUACAAGCUUGCAAAUUGAUUGAGAGAGCUAUGGGCCGUUAUUAA